GGAAAAAACAUGAAGAAAAAACAUGAUGGCAUUGUUUAUGAAACUAAAGACGUUCUCAAUCCAUCUCCCAAAGUAACACAUUGUUGCAAAUCACUGUGGGUAAAAUACAGUUUUCAGAAGGCAUACAUGACCCAACUUGUCAGCUCCCAGCCAGUUCCAGCCAUGUCAAGGAACCCAGAUCAUAAUCUACCUUCUCAGCCCAAGGAGCAUAGCAUUGGUCAGAAGCAUCACCAGGAGGAAAUAAUUCACAAGUUGGCCAUGCAGCUGAGACACAUUGGGGACAACAUUGAUCAUAGGAUGGUUCGAGAGGAUCUUCAACAGGAUGGCAGAGAUGCACUAGAUCAUUUUGUCUUCUUUUUCUUUAGAAGAGUUCAGGUGUUGCUGCAUUUUUUCUGGAAUAACCAUUUGCUGUAAAAGGAAAGUAAAGGUCAAGUGGUCAAGUUCUGUUUUCUUUUUACCCUCUGAGAAACGUGAAUCCCCCUGGGACAGAUGGGAAGAACACACUUCUCCGUCUCCCUCUUUUUGUACCCAUCACUGUUGGUCCACACCCAGUUUGUUGAAGAACUGUGGGCUCAUGAGCCAUUUGUCUCUUUGGAGGAGCUAGCUAUGAGAUGUCUGCGAUCAUGUCAUGGUAAAGCCCAAGGAGUAAUUAGGACCCCAGGAAGCCUUGCUGCCCAGAAAACACCAGCGCUGUGGAUGGUCCCAGGGCUCCUUGUGAGGAAACCUUGAACAUUUCCUUCCAGGAAUGAAAGAGAACCUUGUCCUCAAACUAAAGGCCACAGAAAUGGGCACUACCUCCUGGCCCACUCCCUGGGCACCAUGCCCUCUGGUGACCUGUUGGCUCCACUCUUGUCACUCAUGUCCAGAUCUGCAGUGCCAGCUUCUCCUUCUCAGUGACAUGUCACCUCCCUGCCCCAAUCCUGGCUCCAACCUGCUCUGGAAAAUCGAAGUGAAACGUUUGUCUCUAAUACUCAAAUUCAACAUAUGGCUCAUCUCAUCUGCCUUCCCAUUUCCAUGCCUAGAGGCCCCACUACUACCACUAGCACCGUUGGGUGUUUCCUUCUCAGGCUCUGAUUCUACAACAUUUACGUUCUUUUCUCACCUUUGAUCCCCUCACUCCUGUGUGACCCCCUUCAAGUCUUCCUUCACCACUCCAGUGUUUUCCCAUACCACUCGACCCUGCUGGAAGGUAUCUUUCCCUGCUCUGUCAUCCUCUUUUAGGCAUGCCUGCUUAAAAUCGGGAGUGCUUAGUCCUUGGCCAACAGUCCUGCCUUCUAGAAGAAUGUAAGACCUGAAAGAGUUAUAAAUCUAUCACAAGGCAAAAACUUCUCUUUUCCUAUUGCUGAAUGGUUUUGCUAUUAUUGGUUGGUGGGCCCUUUGCCUGUGGAAUGUAUUUCACUCAUUCUCUCCUGCACGCUGUUAGGCAGUUCUUUUACCUGCAUUCUUCGCCUUUUACCUUUUUGUCUACCUCAUAGUCCCUGUCUCCCCUCCUUUAAAAGAAUUAUAAAUAUUAAGAAAGCUUGUUGUUACAAAUUAAAAGUUUACAUAUGUAUCUUGAGUUCUUUGUAGAGGAAGUGUUAUUUUUAAAAAUUCUAAAAAUGAAAUAAAUAUUGUUAUUUUAUUGAGCAUGAAACCCCUGUGCAUAUUUCUUUUUUGAAGGAGGAACCCCACGGCAGGGUCUAGCCACUUAUUCCUGCUUAUAUUGGUUUGUAGACUUUGAUUAUACAUAGCAUUGACUUUGUCUUUCCAAAGGGAAAUGUCUCUAUUUUUUAGUCUGUCGCAGGCAGUGCAUAUUUAUUUCUAUUAUUACUUGGGUUCUGGCUGACUAGCCCUAAAACUUUCUUUUUAAAAUUUAUUUUGAAUAGGUUUUUACUUAUAUGAUUCAAAAAUCAAAACAAGGCCAGGCACGGUGGCUCACGCCUGUAAUCCCAGCACUUUGGGGGACCAAGGUGGGCAGAUCACGAGGUCAAGAGAUUGAGACCAUUGUGGCCAACAUGGUGAAACCCUGUCUCUACUAAAAAUACAAAAAUUAGGUGGGCGUGGUGGCGCACACCUGUAGUCCCAGCUACUCGGGAGGCUGAGGCAGGAGAAUCGCUUGGACCCAGGAGGCGGAGGUUGCAGUGAGCCGAGAUCAUGUCGCUGCACUCCAGCCUGGUGACAAAGCAAGACUCCG